AUGGUGUUUCAUGAUAUAGACCCUUAUGAGGUUCUAGAGGUCUCUUCUAGUGCUACGCCGGUCGAGAUCAAGAAGGCCUACAAGAAGCUAUGUUUGAGACAUCACCCUGAUAAGAUACAGCAAGGGCAAACUGGCGUAAGAGAACGACCUGACGAACAUGACGAUGGUGGUAAUGGCGGUGGUGGCGCUGACUCUACUGAAACCUUUGCACGGUUACAAUUUGCUUAUAGUGUGCUUAGCGAUCCAAUAAGAAGACAGCGAUAUGAUCACACUGGAUCUUUAAGUGAACUGGAGAUACCAGAUUUGGAUUCGUUUGACUGGAAAGAUUAUUUCAAGGAGAUCAACGAGAAAAUCACCUUGGAUAUGAUUGAAGAAGAUAGAGCCAAGUACCAAAGAUCUCAAGAGGAACGAGAUGACAUCUGGCAUAAUUUCAUUUAUUAUGAAGGAGAUUUCCUUUACUUAUUUGAGGUGAUCCCCCAUUUGGAGUUUACAGAAGAGGAAGAGAACAGAGUGUUCAACAUUAUCGAACAAGAAUUGGCAGCACAAUCCCAGGUGGAUAAGGCUACACUUGUUGAUAAGGCCACGCUUGUUUCUUGGGAUAAAUAUAAGAAAUCAAGACAAACAAAGGUUAAGGCAAUGUUGAAGAAACUAGCAAAGGAAGCUAAAGAAGCAGCUAAACUACAAAAGGAAUUGUUGACCAAGAAUUCCACCAAAAAUGGUUCCAUACUGUCGGAAUCGGAUUUAAGACUGCUUAUUCAAUCAAAGCAUGCUUCCAGAAUGGAUGACUUGAUUUCUUCUUUGGAGAUGAAAUAUGGUAAAGGGAAAGGUUCAAAGAGAUCAAAUAAAGAGAUUUCCGAUGAUGAAUUCGACAGAAUCCAACUGGGAUUAAAGAGCAAAGCCAAGACCAAAAGAGUCAAGACAACAAAAUAG